CUCCUCUUUCCCACCCCUCUCUCUCCCUCUCUCUCUCUCUCUCCCAGUGUCUCCAUCUCGUACUCCACUGCUCACUUCAUCAACAGAGGGACAGCAGCUGAGGAAACUUGAUAGCACUCCAUCCCCUUCUCUUCUCCUCUUCCCUUUUUCUUAAUCUCCCUCUCUUCUUCUUCUCUCUAUCCCUGUCUCAUUCUCCAGCAGCGAUGUAGUUCUUUUUCAAACUUUAGCAGCUGUUUGGCAAUGAAGUCUUGACUGAGAUCCAUCACGCCUGGACCUCUAUGGAUUCGUUCCCUGCUUCUUUUUGAGAUCUUUCCAGAGUCGCCUCUCUCUUUAUUCUGUCUUCUGUUUACAUUGCCGUGUCGGUGGGUUUGGACCAUGGCCAUGAAGGAAACCAUACUCCCUAUCAGCGAGGUGUCGAGUCCGUACCCGGAGGUCGUGGAACUCAACGUCGGCGGCCAGGUGUACGUCACCAAGCGCUCCACCCUGGUCAGCGUUCCUGACACCACCCUGCACACCAUGUUCACGCGGUGCAGCCCGCACGAGUUGCCCCGUGACAGCCGAGGGCGCUUCUUCAUCGACCGUGACGGCUUCUUGUUUCGAUACGUGUUGGACUUCCUACGGGAUCGCCAGCUUGUCCUCCCGGAACAUUUCCCGGAGCGAGAACGUCUUCAGCGUGAGGCAGAGCACUUUCAGUUGGGGGAACUGCUUAGACUUUUGGGCCCACGUGUAGCCAAGCAAGGCUCGCUCAAUGACGAAGGCUGCCAAAGCGACAUUGAGGAAAGUUCUCAGAGCAGCGAGCUGAUGACUCGAACUGGAAACUGCGCCACCAACUACGCGACUUCCUCUUCUGCCCUGGAUAAGAGGUCUGGGUUUAUUACAAUAGGUUAUCGGGGAUCUUACACAAUGGUGAGGGAUAACCAAGCUGAUGCUAAGUUUCGCCGUGUGGCACGGAUCAUGGUCUGUGGGCGUAUCGCCCUGGCGAAGGAAGUGUUCGGAGACACUCUGAAUGAAAGCCGAGAUCCCGACCGUCCGCCAGAGAAGUACACCUCCCGCUUUUAUCUGAAGUUUACCUACCUGGAGCAAGCUUUCGACAGGUUGAGUGAGGCUGGGUUCCAGAUGGUGGCCUGCAACUCAACAGGGACGGCUGCGUUUGUUAACCAGUACAGAGACGACAAGAUCUGGAGCAGCUACACAGAGUACAUCUUCUUUAGACCAGCCUGCAAGUCAGCAUCCCCUAAACUGGAGCGUGAGGAGCCUAAGUCAGAGAAACUGCUGGAUAAGGCCAGCGAGAGCGGAGCCUCAUUGAACGAGCUCUCCACAUCCAGCUCUGAGACCCACUCAGAGGCCACGUCGCCUCAGGAUGGGGGUCCCAUCCUGGUGUCACGUGGUGAGGUCGUGGGCGGUUCACUGGCCCCGUGUGGCGCCCUGCACUCUGUAUCUCGACCUCCGAGCACUCUUACUCUUGGACGACCGCCCAAGAAAGGCUCCUCGGUGCAGUGGAUGGAGCUGCCGGAUAAAAGGAGGAACAGUGAGCUGUUCCAGUCCCUCACCAGCGGAGUCGGUCCACGGGAAGGUGUGGGAAGCGGUUUGACCCGGAGGAAGACUCUGGAGAGGCCCAGCGCCGAGGAGGAAAUGAAACAGUGCAUCCGAGAUUUCCGAAAGAUCAAGAUCCCUCCAGCGUUCCCAGAGCGCAAACGGCAGUGGCAGUCGGAACUGCUUCAGAAAUACGGCCUUUGAAGGAAACUCAGGAUAGGCGACUGGUUUAAACUAUCCAACCGAUUCGCUCAAUAAAUUGUCCAACAGACUUUAAAGUCCUCAAAAGGCCUUUAUUCACACAAAAAAAUCUACCAAAAAAUUGUGAUGGAGCACAUUUUGAUGAAAAGCCAUUCCAUCUAUAGUCAACUAAAUACACCUUUCCAUUGUCCAGAAGGUCUGCAAACAGGGCUCAUAGUAUAAACCACUGAACUGACAGAGUUGGCUAUCUUUGAUGAUAAAGCCAAAGUGGGAGGUACAUUUUCUGUUGUGUCCAAAAGAGAGAUGUCACUGUGCAUUAACUAGUUGUUCAGAUCUAUACAAAUGACACAGAUUUAAUGUAAAUGGGGUUGUCCCUAUCUACCUUUCAAAGAUGAAUUUAGUUGUAGAUGAAAUGGUAUGUCUUUUGUAUAAAUAUAUUAGGGCUACCAAACUAUUUCAAAUGGUUAUCAGAUUACCAUGAAUCAUUCAUCAAUUUGCAAUUAAUCACAUAAAUAUCAGCAUUUGUUAAAGCCCCCAUUUUCAGUCAAGUCUGUCAAUCAGUAUUCAAUUAGUCUGUCCUAGGCUGAUAUAUGUGCCAUAUCUGGUUUUUAUUUUCAGCAUGUAUGCACAUUCAAGACAUUUCAUGUGUCUUAAGAUACUUUUAUGAACAUCUUGAACACAAAAAACACGUUCUGUGCUGCUUGCUCUUAAGUGUGGUGAUUAAAUGUGUUCAUUUUUUGGAAUGAAUUACACUAUGUGGAUGUUAAAUUGACAGCCCUAAUAUAUGUAAUAUUUUAUACAAUAUAAAUAUAUGAAAAAUAUAGCUGUAUAUUUGCUGAGAAUCCUUCAACUAGAGUUGAUAGGUAUGAUGAAUGAGAAUGAGAAUGUAAUCUAAAAUCUGGAAUAUGAGGUUGUUGGAAUUUUAUAUUAGCUAUGUAUAACGAGCACAGAAAUAUAAUACAAUGGUUAAAUUAUCUUCUCAUUCCAUCCCUUUAAUUGACCCAAUUGUUGCAUUUAUAUGAUGGACUAUGAACAUGAGCACUGUUUUUUCUCUGUGUGAGGUUUCUCUGACUGAUGCCUGGAAUUUGUCUGUGGUCUAGGCUGCUUUUGCUAUGAGUUUUGUGCCAUUAAUUUUCUAAAUGUUUGUUUGUGUGUGUGCUUAUGUCCAUAUUUGUGCACAUGAUUUUCUUUAUGUACUUUUUUCCUUCAUUUGUGAAGGAAAUCUUGAUUUUGAAUCACAAAAAAGAAGGGUUGCUAAAACCUACUGUUGGUCCAGAGCUGAUAAUGAAGAAGACCAGGAGUUGACCUCCAAUGAUGCAUGCCUACGUUGGUUCCUUCACAGUUUUUCUCAGUGCAAAACCUUCUUUAAGAAUUGAUCUUCUUAACACAGAUUAAUCUAAGUUUGAGCCUAGCGAGAUUUAUUUUUAAAUGAAAAUAGCCAUGGCGUUAAGCCAGUAGCUUAAUCCACGUGCUGAAAAUGGUUCCAAGAUAUUGUUUAUGGCAGAGCACCAUUCCAGACUCGGGGAAUGAUCUUUCCAUCUGCCGUAGGCUGCGUAUCAAAUGUCAGUGAGCAUUCACAGUGCAUUUCCAUCUCUAUAAAGACUUGUAUUUGCAAGAUAUUAGAUGAUUGCCAUCUAAUUGAUGUGUACGGUGUUCUGUGCACUUUAAAGCACAACAUUCUGUUAAUGCUGGUUUGAGACAUGAUGUGGUCUCAAUCCAGGACACAGGUUUGAAAAGCACAAGGCACAGUUGACUCUUAUCCUAGAAUUAUAAUGUUUAAUGGGUUUAAAUCAGGACGUAGUGUUAGUCUACUGUGAAACCUGAAUGCUCCAAAAUUUGUGAAGACAUUUGUUGUUAUAUCUGUUGAUUUGCCUCAGUGUCCUGUAAUAAAGGUGUCAUGUUAUGAUGGA